AUGCCAUCAAGCUCGAGCUGGCCGCUCUUCUUAACCUCCCACCCAGACGUUCUCAGACACCACCAGGUGCUUACGGACGAGGGCUUCACCUACAUUGUCAUAGACCGCCACGACAGUACCCUCGAGCGCCCCCUCGCCAAGCACAAACGAGGGAGGAUCCCCGUCCCUAUCACUAUGAUCCUCUCUGUCAUGAAGCAGGUCGCUGCCGCCCUCGCCUACCUCCACGGCCUCAGUGGGGCAAACACUAGAGGCCUCGUCCACUGCGACCUCAGGCCUGCCAACGUCCUUAUCAGCGCAGAUGGUGAGUACUUCAUCAUCGCUGGCCUCGAACUCUGCAAGGACGCCCUGUGGAGUGAGAGCACCAUUGCAGGCAUGGCAGCGUACAUGGCCCCCGAGGUGCUCCUCCACAACGAGCCCAGCCCCGCCUCUGACGUGUGGAGCCUCGGGGUCAUCGUCUACGAGAUGGCCACUCUAAGGAAACCGGACUUCCUGAAAGGUAAGGAGCCAGCAGAGGUCUUCGUCGAUGAGUGGAGGCCGGACCUGAGCGGUGUCACUGAUGGCUUCAUACAGAAUGUUCUGGAGAGGAUCUUUGUAUUGGAGCCAGAGAGGAGGCCGACAGCCAGUGAGCUGCAUGAGACACUCACUGCGGCUGACAUCCCAGUUGGUGAGCUGGGGGGUCAGUGCGUGAUGCUGAAGUACAAGUGCGGAUCCUUGGAGGCUGCGCUGAAUGGCGCUAACGCCAGGAUCGCGCUGCUGGAAGAGGAGGUUAAGACUAAAUCCACUAAGAUCGACGCACUUGAAGACCAAAGUAAGGAGCACCUAGUCAUGAUUAAGGCACUGGAGAAUAGGCUUGCACAGUUCGGUGACAGGAUGAACACGGCUGGCCCUCAGUCCAGCCUCUUUUUGUUGCCCAGGCUGAUGCGUGCUGCGCAUACGAACGGCAUGGAGACCGUCCGGAUGCUGCUUGAAGAAAGACUCGGUGUUGGUCAGCGUGACGCACAGGGGAUGACGGCCCUCAUGCACGCGGGCCAGCAGGGGCAUGUUGAUCCCGUCGAAUUGCUUGUUGGGGAGGAGAAUGGCCUCCGGGACAAGAGCGGCUGGACUGCGCUCAUGCACGCCGUACACAACAACCAUCCUGAGGUAGCCAAGAUUAUUGCCCCCUACAAGCAUAGGAAGAGGAAUAGGGACAGCCGGACUGCUCUGAUGAUGGCCGCAGAAGAGGAGUAUGCAGAGAUUGUUUCCCUUCUGGCCCCACAUAAGACUGACAGUGAACGCAACACAAGCUUGAUGAAUGCUGCAACUAACUCGCCUGCAAAAACUGUUGAGGUGAUGGUUGGGCAUGAAUAUGGUUUUGGAGACUCGCAUGGCCGUGCCGCUUUGAUAAUAGCAGCGUAG